AUGUCAACUGCUACUGACGUGCCUGCUGGCACACCCAUGUCAACUGCUACUGACGUGUCUGCUGGCACACCCAUGUCAACUGCUACUGACGUGCCUGCUGGCACACCCAUGUCAACUGCUACUGACGUGCCUGCUGGCACACCCAUGUCAACUACUACUGACGUGUCUGCUGGCACACCCAUGUCAACUACUACUGACGUGUCUGCUGGCACACCCAUGUCAACUGCUACUGACGUGCCUGCUGGCACACCCAUGUCAACUGCUACUGACGUGCCUGCUGGCACACCCAUGUCAACUGCUACUGCCGUGCCCGUGCCUGCUGGCACACCCAUGCCAACUGCUACUGACGUGUCUGCUGGCACACCCGUGUCAACUACUACUGACGUGUCUGCUGGCACACCCAUGCCAACUGCUACUGACGUGCCUGCUGGCACACCCAUGUCAACUGCUACUGCCGUGCCCGUGCCUGCUGGCACACCCAUGCCAACUGCUACUGACGUGUCUGCUGGCACACCCGUGUCAACUACUACUGACGUGUCUGCUGGCACACCCAUGCCAACUGCUACUGACGUGCCUGCUGGCACACCCAUGCCAACUGCUACUGACGUGCCUGCUGGCACACCCUUGCCAACUGCUACUGACGUGCCUGCUGGCACACCCUUGUCUGCUAUCACCCUGACACGGUCCCAGCAUAGAUUUCUUCUCGGGCAUGUAUUUGAAACCGUCAAGGGAUACGAGUCAGAGGACGUUGAGAUGCAUCAGUUUGUACUGCUUUUCCAUCGAAGAUUAUCAAUGCUUCAAUGCUUGAACAAUACAGGUAAUCUGAUGUCAGCCAUUUUUGCCCUGAUAGACCAGACCAUCCAAGCUAAUAGAGACCAGGUGAUGUUCCUAUAUUUUAUUCAGGAAGAAACCUCAUCUUUCAUCUCCGAGCUUAUGCAAGAGUGA